GUCAGUGCGUUCGUCCAUCGUUAUCAGCUGUAGUUCUCGUCAGAUGGUGUCGUGUAUCCUUUAAAAUCAGAUCAAUCGCUGUGCGAAGAAUAAAGUUUUAAGAUGGAUUCUGGAAUGCCGGAGUUAGGCUCCAAAAUAAGCCUAAUAUCAAAAGCGGAUAUUCGUUAUGAGGGCCGACUUUUUACUGUUGAUCCGCAAGAAUGUACCAUCGCUUUGGCCAACGUAAGGUCAUUUGGUACUGAAGAUCGAGAUACUCAGAUUCCAGUUGCACCUCAAAAUCAAAUUUAUGAAUACAUUCUUUUCCGUGGAACGGACAUAAAGGAUAUACGAGUAGUUAGCAAUGUCAGCUCUAUACCUAAUGAUCCAGCAAUCGUUCAGAUGACAGUUCCAUCGACAAUGGGCCAACAAUCAUAUCAACCGCAGCCAGGCUAUGGACAUCCAAUGAUGGGUCAAAUGGGUCCAAUGACAGGACAAUAUGGAACACCAUACGGUAUGCCCAUGGGAUCUAUGGGGCCUGUAAUGGGUAUGCCAACCAGAGAUCUACGCGCACCAAUGAACAAACAGCCAAGUGAGUUGGGCUUGGGCCCUGCCGAUCCCAACGCCAUCUCUAUACCAAACUCACAACCGGUGGCCAAUGUUGACCCAAUAUCAAAAGACCGUUCUGUGGAAGAUGGCGUUUUAGAUUUAAUAAGCGGAGGAUCUCGAUCAACAACUCCAACAGCUUCUUUAAUGGUGAGGAAAAGUCCAACGGCAGAUAAAGAUACACAGGUUGGUCAUCAGCAACAACAUUCUGGAAAUGUUGGUAAAAUCGGAGAUAAGACCAAUGUUCAACGGAUGCAACAAACGCACCGUGAUCGUGAAAGCCAUGGAAGCGGUAGAGUUGGAAGUGGAAUGUCGCAGUAUAGCGAGGGAAAACGAGAUAAACAAGAUGGAAUGGGACAUGGACACGCAGGACAUAUGCAAGGAUCCAGAGGAAAUCGAGGUGGUUGGAUGAAUAGAGGAACUAUGCGCGGUAGAGGAAGAGGUCGCGGUAAUUUUCGGAGUAAUCAACCUGGAAAUACUGGAGCAAAGCCCAAGAGCACUUUGAAGUUUGAUAAUGAUUACGAUUUUGAUAAAGCCAAUACCGAAUUCGAAGAACUUAGAUCACAAUUAGCAAAGACUAAAAUCGAUGGUGCAGCUACGGAUAAUGAAAAGAAAGAUGACAGUGGAAAUGAAACAGGAGCAGGUGAAGGAGAACCUGAGGAGGAAUCUGAUAUUGUACAUUACGAUAAGUCGAAAUCAUUUUUUGAUAAUAUCAGUUGCGAGGCUGUUGAGAGAAGUAAAGGACGUUCACAACGUACGGAUUGGCGAACGGAGCGUAAAUUGAAUUCGGAAACAUUUGGCGUUUCAUCGAUGCGUCGUGGACAUUUCCGUGGACGUGGUUAUUACAAUAAUCGUGGAAUGGGAAAUAGUAUGUAUCGCGGUGGUGGUGCACCGGGUGGUGGUGGACCAGGUUCAGGAUAUCGUGGUGCAUUCCGAGGUAAUCGUGGAUCAAAUCGCAAACCUGGAAAUCAAAUACAUAACAGUAAUUCGGCCAAUCAGAAUCGUGCAACCAACGAACAAUCCAGUGCAACUCAACCACAACAAAAUAAUCGACUCGUCACUGGUACUGCGUAAAGAAUGAAAGGAAAAGAAAAAAAAAUACCUAGCGUCCCAAUGAAUACAACGUGAGUGAUGCUAACAAAAAAAAAAAUAAGUAUUCUCUUUAGCCAGUAAGAUUUUUACGAUACGCGCUUUGUCGAGAACUGAUAUUUGUAUCGAAAUUGGCUGUCGACGGCGAAAUAUGUAGUAUAACGGAUUGAUUAAUCUAGAUUUAUUGUGUUAAAAAAAAAUGAAAAUGAAAAGCGCUCCCCCGCUAAUUCUAGAUUAUUUAGAAAGAAAGAAAGAAAAAGCAAUGCGAUUGAAUCGCGAUAACACGGGACUCUACUGGCGCACAGGACUCAAAUUUUAGUGCGCGGCGCGCAUUUUCAGUUGCGGUCAACGACACUGCAAAAAAUUAUUAAUUAAUACGGACAGAAAAAAAAAUAGCAAUGAUUACAAAAAACGAAGCAAAUUAUUAAUUUUCAUUAAAUUGAAUACAAACUGUGAUUUUCUAUGCCAAGUUUAUUGUAGGAAAUUCAAUAAUCUUUUCUUUGCAAUUGUCGUGGAUCGCACAAUUUUCGAAUUCGAAAAUAAAUAAAAAUUGAACCGACAAGAGAGUUCAUAAUUUAAAAAAAAAAAAAAAGAAGGGGAAUUUAUAAAUGUUUUUUUAUACCACGCUCGGGUCAAGUGGUAUUUCUAAUAAAUUGGUACACAUGAGUCCUGCGCGUAAAUAAAACGAAAAAAAAAAUAAAUAAUAAUAAUAGAAGUAGAUUAAAAUUUGUUACUGUAAGUAGCCAAUUUUCUCAUUCGUGUUAUCAAUUUCACGAACGAGAAAAUACUUCGAGUGCUUAUGAAAAAAAAAAUAUAUAUAUAUAUGUAUAGAUUAAUAAAAAUAAAAAAAACGUGCCUCAAAAAUAUCAAGAGGAACGUUUAGUUUAUUGCCUAAAAUGUAGUUCCAGCAGUCUGGUAAAAAUUUGAUAAACGUAUCAUUAAAAAAAAAAAAUUUCAUACAGAGUUCGUUAUAGAGUGAAUAGAUUGUGCCUGAUACUGCCUCUAAACUCUUUAAAAAAUAAAAACAAACAAAGAAAAAACGAACUAGAAGCACUUGAUUUCGAGCGAAUUACGAAUCCGCCCCCAAAAAAGAUUCGUAUUGAUUGGUGGAGUCACGCCAAUUUCUUUUUUUUUUUUUUUUUUUUUUUUACAGGUCAUAAUGACCUUUUGACUUAAUUAGAAAAAAAAAGAAAAAAUUGGUAGCGGUAAAAAAAAUAUAUGGGAAUGUGCAUCCUGUCGCCAGUAGACUAGGACAAUACGUUUAGGAUUUUUUAAAUUCCAAACAUUUAUUGACAUAUGUAAAGUUUAGAAUUUAAAAAAUAAUUACGUUAUGCGUUAGAUGGAAAUUAAUUAUAUAUUUUACUUUUAUACAUUUACUAGAAGAAUUUUGAUUUUUGAACGGGACGCAUAUCGAGUCGUUCCUAAUUUAUACGCCGCUUUUUUUCACACACAGAUCGGUUACCAUGAGAAGAGGAUUCAGCUCUGAAUCUCAAAAGAGGGAAGAGAAGAACAAAAAAAAAAAAAAAAAUACAAAACGAAAAAAAAUAAGAAGGAACUUGUUUUAUAGAGAUGAAAAAAAUAAUAAUAAUUUAUAUAUCGAAUAAUGCCGGACGCAUUAAAUGUGACUCGUGUAAUUUUUGACUUUAAUGAUAAUAAUAUUAAUAAUUUUCCCUCUUUUUUAUGCAAAACAUCCGAAAAGCUUCCUUUUUCUCAUGGUACUCGACUUUAAAAAAAAAAGAAAAAAAAAAAAAAAAGGAUUUAAAAGUGAAUUAAUGCAUGAUUAUUCCGCGUAAUGAGCAGAAAUAAAAAAUAAAAGAAAAAAAUAAAAAGGCGUAAUUCGCCAAUCAUUCACGACUGUUAUUUUUGUAUUGGCUCUUGCAGAAAGAGAAAAAGAGAGAGAAAGAAAGAGAGUCGCACCAAUAUACAUACAAUACAUAUUUAGAUAUUUAGUUGAAAUAAUACAUAAUAAUAAUUAUUAUAGGAGCGAAAUCCUUCCUAGGCUACGUGCGUAAUAAAAAAAAAAAAAAAGAUAAAUAAUAAAAAUAAAAAACAAUCAUUAAAAAAUGAAGAACGCAAGGAAUGGUGAAAGAAAAAGCGCAUAUUUUAUGUUUGAUUACACAUGCACUCACAUAUUAAAUUAAAAAUAAAUAAAUAAAUAAAUAAAAACGAGAGAAAAAAGAAAAAUUAAAUGAAUGCAAUGAGCGCGAUUUCUGACAGUGUAUGUUUUUUGAUUUUGUACAGCGAAUAUUGUGAUUCCCAAUCGAAUAAUAUAUGAAAAUAUCAAGAAA